UCCCAACCACCACCCCAUCGAUCGCGCGCAAGAACAGCGCGUGCUUCUCAGCCUCCGUCAUCAAAGCUGGGCGCCAAAUAAUAUUUCAUGAGGUUCUUCGACCCAAGCGCUCGCCAGACCUGCCUGCAGAGAACCCAAACUCUUUCUUUCGUCGCCAGCCUGCUCGGCCGUGCCAACCGCCAGUCCUCUGUUGACAGUGCCAGACAACAGGGGAGAGAACAAGGAGAAAGGCAAGGCUAGGGCGAGGAGCGAGGGAAACAGAAGAGAGGAGCUAGCCUUCCGGCUAGGUUCCAACACAACGUGAUAGAGAGAGAGAGAACGAACCGACUAGAACUGACAGAGAACGAAACAGUCCUCCUCCGCCACAAAGUCUUUGAGAGAACAAGACAGCAUCAAGCACACGACAGGCGAGGCGAUUGGUUCCCAGUCUUCGUUGCGCGGGCUCCAUUGUUUCCAUCCACGGCGACGACAACGGACACCGGGGGACUGAAAUUCUGAGCAAGAAGAAACUAAAGCAGCGACAGCAGCAGCAGCAGCAGCAGCAGCAUCAACCGAUCGCCUGUGUCCCUCCAACUGCCUGCUAGAUAGUCGUCCGCUCGAGUUGACCACAAGGGGCGUGUGUCCCUUGCGAUGACCGUCCGGCGAACAUGGAGAGCUAGGCAGCUGCUUGUAGUCUUGCUGGCCGUCACGGGACUGCUGCCCGACGCGGCCAUAUGUCGCGAGUUCGACGUGCUGACCAACACCUGGCUGGUGGAGCUCAACCAUGACGGGGGGGAGCGCGUGGCGCGGAGUGUGGCUGCUGACACGGGAUUCACGUACGUCUCUCCGAUCCUGGGGUCAGACUCCACCUUCCACUUCCAGCACUAUGGGGUCCCGCACGCCCGAGUGCGGCGAAGCAUCUCACACACACGUGUCCUGAGGUCUCACCCUCACGUGAAAAGUGCUGUUCAGCAGACAGGGUUCAUACGACAGAAACGAGGCUACAAGCCGCUGAUAGACGCACUGAGUAAAGGAGUAGACCAGAAGCUUGCCUCCAUCGCCGUCAACGACAAAGCCACGCAGACAGCAGAAGUCAAACUCCCAACGGACCCCGACUUUGGCAAGGAGUGGUACCUGCGCAACACUGGACAGUCCAAGGGCGUGCCGGGGCUGGACCUCAACGUUGUGGCGGCCUGGAGCAUGGGCUACACUGGCAAAGGCAUCACCACAGCCAUCAUGGAUGAUGGCAUCGACUAUCUUCACGAGGACCUCAAGUACAAUUAUAACGCGGACGCGAGCUACGACUUCAGUAGCAACGACCCCUACCCGUACCCGCGCUACACAGACACCUGGUUCAACAGUCACGGCACGCGCUGUGCAGGUGAAGUGGCGGCCGCACGGGACAACAACGUUUGCGGCGUGGGUGUGGCCUACGGUUCGAUGGUUGCAGGACUGCGCAUGCUCGACCAGCCGUUUAUGACGGAUCUCAUCGAAGCCAAUGCCAUGGGCCACAUGCCCAACGUCAUCGACAUCUACUCCGCCAGCUGGGGGCCCACCGACGACGGCAAGACUGUGGACGGGCCCCGCAACCUGACCAUGAGGGCCAUCGUCAACGGCGUCAACAACGGUCGUAACGGUAAAGGUAACAUCUACGUCUGGGCCUCAGGCGACGGCGGUCCCAACGACGACUGCAACUGCGACGGCUACGCCGCCAGCAUGUGGACAGUGUCCAUCAACUCCGCCACCAACGACGGCCGCACUGCCGGCUACGACGAGUCCUGCUCGUCCACCUUGGCCUCCACCUUCAGCAACGGCAAGAGUUCGUCACAUGACGCGGGGGUGGCAACUACAGACCUCUACAACAACUGCACCGCCAGCCAUUCUGGAACUUCUGCCGCAGCACCUGAAGCAGCUGGAGUUUUUGCCCUUGCUCUGGAAGCAAACAAGAAUCUCACCUGGCGAGAUAUACAACACCUGACUGUACUCACCUCCAAGCGCAAUUCUCUCUACGACUCCAACGGCGUCCACAAGUGGCAACUGAACGGGGCUCGCCUGGAGUUCAACCACCUCUUCGGCUAUGGUGUGAUGGACGCCGCAGCCAUGGCUGACCUGGCCAGACAGUGGGCCAGCCUGCCAGAGAGGUUCCACUGUACUGCCGGUACCAUCACACAGGAAAGAGAGUUCUCCUUCGGGAAGAACAUCCGCUUCACCAUUGACUCCAAUGGAUGCGCGGGCACGGAGAACGAAGUCAACUACCUGGAACACGUGCAAGCUUACAUCACUCUACGUGCCUCAUACCGCGGCUGCGUCACAAUGUACUUGACGUCACCCAUGAACACUACCUCCAUGAUCCUCAGCCAGCGGCCCAACGACGACGACGACAAGAACGGCUUCACGCGCUGGCCCUUCAUGACGACACACACCUGGGCCGAGGUGUCUCGCGGUACCUGGACGCUGGACGUCGUCAUGGAACCCAUCCUGGGUCUCAAAAACAACCUGGAGACCGGCAUUUUCAAGGAGUGGAGCCUGGUGCUGCACGGCACCAGGACACCGCCCUACACUGACCAGCCCCGCAUGCCGGCCGGCGUCCACGAGAAACUGGAGAUGGUGCGCCGUGCGCAUGAGAGCGGGGUGUUCAUGGUGUAGAGAGACAGAGAGUGUGCGAGCAGGCGAAGGGCCCAGAGUCAUGGCAGCAGCAGCCCCAGCAAGACAACAACAACAACAACAACAUCAGCAGCAGCGGCAACAGCAACAAAACCAAGAUGCCAGAUACCAUAAGGUGGGAUGACAGUUGUACGAGGGGUCCAUCACCUACUCCCUGCGCUUGCUUUGAAUGAUGAAGACUACACGCGCCAUCAAGAACAUUUUGGAGGUCAAGCCUCACGCAUGCGCGCAAGACAAGGGCUGCUGGCUCUCUUGACUCUUCCGUAAAGGUGGAUCCCUCGUUUUUUGUUUUUUUUUAAUGUAGAGGAUGAAGGUCUGGAGAGGUCAGUUCUGCUUUUGGUUUUGUUUCGUUGUGACCCCGAAGAUGACCCAUUCCUUUCCUCCGUCUUGUUAACUUUCACACUUUCUGACACGAACCUUUAUUUUAAAUACCAGACCGUUGCUGUUUUACUUGUCACCAGCGGGGGAAGGUGAAUAAAAAUUCUAUAUACCCGCUAUUAUCUUCUCUUUAUAAGUUUCACUGUGAAAACAAUGGAUACCGUACAGUGUCCAUCUUUAAUUUAGUUUCGAUUAAUGGUAAAUGCCAGAAAAUAAAUUAACGAAUGUAAAUAUAUCAACAGCAAUAUCACAUCCAUGAACAUGACCAAUCCCAAUGACCUCUCCAGACUGAUAGCACAUAGAAUUGUCGCGGCUAGAAUUUUGUGCCCUGGGGAAGAAGAGCGUGUAGAACCAAUCAGUGUAUAUAGUCAACCCUCCUUGUCCAGUCUUAACACACUAGCCGCCAACACAAUGUCCAGCUGGGGACAGCACCAUACCUACAGGUCAUGGUUUGAGGUUGCAACCACGAUGUUAUCAAAAUACAAGAGACAGAGACUGUCAAGUGCCCACAUUUGUUACUGGGUGAUAUUUUGAUAGGUAUUCUCAUGCCCACAGCAGCUGGACAUACAGAGGGGGGAACUGUUUUACAGGAGGAACUAAUGAAAGAAUUCUUAUCAACCGUUGAUCUCUAUGUAUCAUACUAGCAGCAGGCAUUUAUUUGUAUUGAUACCCCGCUAUAAGUUGUUUAAAACAUUAGAAUGUGAAUGGUUUGCCACAUGCAGAAAGUUUCCGAGGAAACUUCUUUGUUGUAUGCUCAAGUAACGACUACAGAAAUGAGUUAAUGAUACAAAGAUACAUCAUGUUGUUUGUUUAUUAAAGCAAUUCUCUUGAGUAUCGGAUCUUAUAUCUGAUUGCUUAUUUUCGAUGGAUAAAAUUAUCAGUAAUGAUGGAAGAUAUUUUCACAAUUUGGAUUAUAGAGGGAGGGCUGGAUGUCGUAUAUAUAUAUAUAGUUAUAUGAGGUGUUGAGGUGUGGCGUUGUUUCGUUCUGUCAAUACAAAAUGUCUUUCUUGGAUGAACCCGACCUACCAUUGGCAAACACAGUCCCAUGCCUUUCAGCUUUUAUUUUCAGACUGGCUUCAGUUUUGUUUUUUCUGCGCAACCGAAAAGAAAAGUGGAACUAUGUAAAAUGUACAACUUCACAAACGAAAUCAGCUAAUUAAUUCGAGUUUAAUGAGGUGAGCAUUGCCGUGUAAAUUAUUUAGAACAGACCUUGUAUCAGUCCAUGGGUAGGGAACCCUAGCCAUCCUGUGUAUUGAAAUCCCUCAUUCAGUGUAUCCUUGCAAGCAAUAUGAUUAACUUUCCGGUUACCACAAAGCAUUUUGUUUUACUUAGAAAGAAAGGAAGAAUUAGGGAAGGGGAGUGGGCUGUAGGGAGGAAGGGGAGGAGGGUGGAUGGCUGAUGCGUUUCACCAUUACAUUGGUUUGGAGGAUUAUAAGUUGACAUUAUAUAUAUAUGUUAAUUUUAUGUAUAACCAUGUGUCUCUGGUCAACGCCAAACCUAACAAUGUAACACUGGUGCAACAAAGAGAAGGAAAAGUAGGUGAAAUAGAGGAAAGAUGGACAAAAAAAAAAAAAAAAGAAAUUAAAGAAGCAGCUCGAGAGAGAAAGAAAGAUAAAGACAAUGAAUGCGACAUCUAUUUUACUUUCAAUUUUAUUUUAGCCUUCUUAAAUGAGUCAAAUGAAAACUCAGUGGAUUAUUUAUGUUAGAAAAUCAUCAGGAGGCAAUAUUUUACUAGACAGCAGAGUUUGUUGCAGUCUAAGCUUGAUGAACCAGAAUAUUCCUCCUAAAUAAACUCAGAUAUUGUCCUUCAUAAAUCCUUAUGAGUGUCUAAAGGUGUGUGACAAAUGAACCCCCAGCACAAACCGUUUGCAUGAUGAUGUCUACCAGUGUUUCCUUUGGUUGUUACUAGAUUCACCUGACCAGUUUGCCUGUUUGCACACGUGUAUCUUGCAAUAUGCUGGGUAGGGAACAUGGUUUUCUGUCUCGCACAUUGUAACUGUGCUCCAAGACUGAAGUGAACAGAAACUGUUGCCUGACCCCAGGGUCAUGUGAUGAACAGGGGCAGACUCCAGUCACAGAGGUCCUGUCUUCUCAGACUGAGAUGUGAAAUAAAGGAUGCAGACCUGUAAUCAGUAGAACCUCUGGCAGCAAACCACUAGUCGGCUUUUUAGUUGAUUUGUCAAACAGCGGACUGUGUGGGUUGUUCAGAUGUCUCUGGAAGAUUUACAUCCUGACAAUAGAAGACAAUAGAAGUGACAGGAAUGUUGAGUAUACUAAGGACAGGUCAGGUUUAUUCGACAAAUACUUCUGGAAGGAAACAUCUCAUUGAAUUCAGGCUUUGCUAUUUUGAUGCUCUUCUUUCAUAUCUAGACUUAAACACUAUUAUCAAAUUUAUUUAUUUCAAAACAGCGUUUAGUAUAGUGGUCCGAUAGUGAACUUAAAAGAAAAAAAAACCCACCAUCGUUCGAUGUCAACACAUUGUAAUAAGUCAUAAAAAUUAACACUUUUUUCUGCAGUUUGUUGCUUCACAGUUGACGGACAUUCCACUCAUUAACUGUAUCCCAUUAAUCAUCAAUGUUAUUGCUUGUGUCCAGUCCUAUAGCUUCCACCUGACAUUGCAUUUUGUGAGCUAUAUUUCAGUAACAAUAACUGUAUGAAGGCUUGCCCCUUAAAGAUAGGUAUUUAAUAGACAUAAAUAUUGCUUCUUUGACCUCAGUGAAUGUGAUAUAUUUAGCGCAUGACCUCAAUAGCUUAAUGUGUGAGUUAACUGAUGAUAGUGAGAAAAUAAUGCAUGUUACAAACAACAGUUUUAAACAACCCGUUGAGCUCAAUUUGCAAUAAAUAAAUAAAAAAUUGAUAAAUAAAUAAAAUCACUGAACGAUAAAUAUAUCGUGGCUAUUUAUAGAGCAGGACCUGACUCAUGCUUCCUAAUGUUUCCAAAGAUGUGAAGAAUUUCAGAGUAGAAUUGUGGAAAGACUUUGUGUUUGUCGUUUAACAACAGUAAUAACAAUGGCCAUAAAAACUACUCCUUUUAUUAUUUUAAAUUAGGUCUCUUUCUAAAAAAUAAUUGUGUAUUUCAAAUUAGUACACAUAAAUCAUCCUCCUGCUCCUCCUCCUGCUCCUCCUCCUGCUCCUCCUCCUGCUCCUCCUCCUGCUCCUCCUCCUCAUCAUCAUCAUCAUUAUCAUCAUCUUCAUCAUCAUUAUUGUUGAUGUUUUGACGGAAAGGCAAAGCUGCGUAAAACUGUUUUACUGAGAGGAAGAUGGCCCUCAGACCGACCUAUGACCCCGCCCUUAUUGACUCACCGAUCGCCGUGUUUAGCUUGCCCUCUGCUACUGCAGCAGGACAUUUCAAAGAUGCAUCAAGAUGCAGAUGACGACCUGUAACACUGAGUGUCACCUCUCACCUUUUCAUCAACUCUUUUCGGAGGUGUAACAAAGACGAGCGCCGAAGCUUGAUGGUGUUAGUCCUGUUGGAGUCACUGUUAGUCCUGUUGGAAUCACCGUUAGCCCUGUUGGAAUCAAUGUUAGCUCUGUUGGAAUCACUGUUAGCCCUGUUAGCUCGAGCGAAAUUGAUUCUUUUUACUGUCUCAUAAACAGGCCAACUGUCUCAUUUUUCUUCUCUGUGCAAAACACACUGACAUUGUUAUUGAUAGCAUAGUUGGUGUAUUUUAAGUUUUGCCUUGUGUCUUUUUUUUUCUUAUUUCAGUGUGGUACAAAAUAAACUAAUCGUUAUCAAGCAAACUGCAGUUAACUGCCAUUUUGUUUGCUUUAUGAAAUGAAACUGGAGUCGGUGAACACGUUUUUAAUGAGGAAAGUCUUCUUCCUUCUCUUAAUUUGACUUUUUUUCUCCAACUGCUCUUCGUGGUUGAAAGCUAGUCUUCGUUUAUUUACCAAAUGUGUUUAUUGCCCAUAUUUACUUAGAGAAUAAUUCUAAGGAAAAGGCUCUUCACAACUGGAAUAGUUCAUUAGUGAUGCAAAGACUCCAUGUGAAUAGCAAGUCCAAAAAAAAAAUGAUUUAAGUUAGCAAGAAGGACAAGGAGAGCAAAUACUCGGGGGAAGGUCAGACCUUGUUCAUGAAAGUGCGUGUUCACAAAUUGUCGGUAGGGACCAAACUGCCUCUCCAUCAUGCAUCUUUGUGAGGCAAAUGAACUUGAAGGCCUUACAGCCAAGGAAGGAACAAGUCCAGUAAAGACAGUAUAAUUUAAAGUACACUGCCUUCGACUCUGCAAGGCUUAUCUAGUCGGGAGUUGUCCUUUACGAUGCUGACCAGAAAAAAAAGACAACUAUACCACAAAAGCAUCUACAGGCUAUUGUAGAUUGCAUCUGUAAUGUCAAAAUUUUAUCCUAUACUAAGCCUAAAAUAUUAAUGUAAUGUCCAUCAAAAAAUACUAAAUAGCAUUUUCUUUCAUUUAGUUUUUAAUGCCGAGACAACCAAUGACUAAGCUGACAAUGUCCAGGCUCUUGCCUGCAGCCCUGUAAGUACAAAUUGUCAUAAAUGGGUUUAAACAAUCUGUUAUCAUGAAGUCCUUCACAUUUUGCAUGCCAAAUACACUUUUGGACAAGUUAACCAAGCUGCAAUGUGUGCUGAGAAUCGAAUGUGAUUGAUAGGCAAAGGUUUUUAUGAUCUUCCUUUUUGUGGAACUCUUGUUCUGGAGGCAAGUGACUUCACGAACCUUAUGCCGUUACAGGGGAACGUGGGAAGGGAGGGAAGAAUGGAGUGGAGGAAAGCAACGGUCAAAUUCACUUGAUUGUUUUAAAAUAAUUGCACAAAAUUGUGUAGGAGAUUUUACUAAUUAUAAUUAUCGCUCUCGGACAGCAAUAUUUUGUUGCAGCUGAUAUGCUCCGAUUCUUGCUGUGUAUCGUGUUGACUGUUUUCAACCAGAAUUGUUAAACCUGGAAAACUUGAGCAAGUGAUACUGUUUUUAAAAUGACUCAAAUCAUUACCAACCUCUUGAUGAUAAGUCUACGGUGUUUGUGAUUCAUUACAAAAAGCUGUCGAACAGUUGCGAUGCAUUAUGCCAAUCUCAGAUUGUUUGAAAACGUGAAAGAACAAAGUUUGACACCAAACGAUAUUUCUGUUGAUUUCAGAUGGUUAAUAUAUUUUUUUUUCGGGAGGAGGGUUAGUAUCAAUCUAUCAAACACACUAUUAGACAGUGUGGUAUUUAAUCCAAACCCCAUACUUUUUAGUUUAUGUUGUUAUUGAUGCUCAUCGUUGAACCUGUAAGAGACGUCCUCCUGAAUUCCCUCGGGGUGAGAGGUCAUUCAGGAGGCAGAGACACUGCAGGACCUAUCAUCCGGCAGGCUAGAUGGAAAAUGACAUUUUUCUCAUGCAUCCUUGUGGAACUCUUCAUCAUGUCUGCUCCAUUGGUAAGAUAAAACUUGCAGACAUGUAGAUGAUUCAAGUCAGAAGCUCACCACACACACCUAUCUCCUUCUUGCCGAACUCACUGAAAGAUUAAUGUUCUCUCCAUCUAUUGCUAAACGGUAGCUCGCUUUCCAUAGCCUCACUCAAAGUUGUGAGUUUAUCCUAUAUAUAUAUAUAUUUUUGUUGCUUGUUUGCCGUAAUAAAUAUACCAGUCGAAAUAAUGAACCUGUUUCAAAGUUGUGAAGUCAAGCAGUGGCACGAGUAACUUGUUUCAUGUUUCAUGUCAAUAAAGACCACAAUCCUCGGCAAAAA